AUGUACUCUUGCAGUGCACAGAGCGUUCCUGCGUUGCUCACCGACCUUGUUUUGCACAAUUAUGCCGACCACCUCACUUCACAACGUACACCACCGGCAAAUUAUCCGAUCACAGAGACGAGAACAGAUGCGGCUUCUCUGGAAGAGACGUUGGCGCCACUGCAACUAAUUCAUGGAAAGGUUUUUACUUCGGCUAUCGGAAUUGCACUGCAUGGUGCCGAGUCUAUUUUUCGCUAUGUGGCAUAUGACUCCAGUGAAGAGAAUGAAGGGGUACCGCAUGACGAGGAACAGGAACGGCAAGAGGAGGUCAAAGAUGAAAAUGAGAAUUUCAGAGGAAGGUGUUUGUAUUUUGUUGGUGAGCACCGUCUUUUCUCUCCAUAUUACUGCCCAUGUGGGGCUUAUGGCUAUCAAAGCAUUCGACGACAGGAGGCGUGGCUAUGUAAACAUCUGCUUGCACUUCGUAUCGCACUUAUUUUGGAGAAAAAGGGCCUUGUGAGAGAUGUCAUACGGAAACGCCAAGUGACCAGAUGUCAACUCCGGGAAAUGAUGCAGUCGCUGGAUUGA